AUGCCACUCUCACUCACUCACUCACUCACUUUUUUUUUUUUGAUCCGCCACUCACUCACUCAUUCACACUCUCUCUCUCUCUCUCUCUCUCUCUCUCUUCACUAAAACAAAGCAACCAAAACCAUGCAACAAAAAGUAGUCAUUAAAUUACCCCUAAACGCAAAAAAGUCUAGUUGCAAAGCCAUGCAAAUUGCAGUCGGUGUUCCAGGGGUAGCAUCGGCAGCUUGGGCAGGAGAGGACAAGAACCAAAUAGAGGUGACCGGAGACGGGAUUGACGCGGUGGCACUGACAAUGUUGUUGAGGAAAAACGUGGGAUUUGCCGAACUGGUGAGCGUGGCCCCGGUCUCGGAGGACAACAAAAGCAACGAGGUUGUUGCAGUGCAGAUUCCGUGGUAUUACAAUUACCCGUACGGAUAUGGAUCUGGCCACAUGUACGUGAUUAGGGACCAAAACCCGGCUAGUUGUUCCAUCUUGUGAAUUAAGAAAAAUCAUAUGGGAAAAAAAAAGAAUCACGUGAAUACUCUAUGCCUCUCUCAGGUCCGGACCUGAGAAUAGAGGGGUCUAAGAUGAACUUGUAGAAUGGGCCCUAUGUACUACUGUGAAAUUCAAAAUAAAAACUAAAUUAAAUAUGGUUUACGUUAA